CUUCCUUAAUUGCAAAUGCAGGUUUUGCAUUACAUUAGGAAAAUCAAAGAGAUUGGUGAUGAUGAACAAGGCUACGACCUGGACUUGUUCUGCAUACCUAAACAUUAUGCAGACGAUUUGGAAAAAGUCUAUAUUCCUCAUGGGCUCAUCAUGGACAGGACGGAAAGACUGGCACGAGAAAUUAUGAAGGGCAUGGGAGGACACCACAUUGUGGCUCUCUGCGUACUGAAGGGGGGCUAUAAAUUUUUUGCUGAUUUAUUAGACUACAUCAAAGCCCUGAACAGAAACAGUGACAAAUCAAUCCCCAUGACUGUCGACUUCAUUAGGUUGAAGAGUUACUGUAAUGAUCAGUCAACUGGAGAUAUCAAAGUCAUUGGGGGAGAUGACCUCUCAACCUUGACUGGAAAGAAUGUUUUGAUCGUAGAAGAUAUAAUUGAUACUGGUAAAACAAUGAAAACGUUGCUGUCUCUACUUAAGCAGUACAAUCCAAAGAUGGUGAAAGUAGCCAGUUUUACAUUGGUUUUAUUUGACAGUUUGUUGGUAAAAAGAACUCCUCGAAGUGUUGGAUAUCGACCAGACUUUGUUGGAUUUGAAGUGCCAGACAAAUUUGUUGUGGGAUACGCCCUAGAUUACAAUGAAUACUUUAGAGAUUUGAACCAUAUCUGUGUGAUCAGCGAGACAGGGAAGCAGAAGUACAAAGCAUGAAAGCAGAGUUCAAGUGCUGUGACAACAGAGCUUUGAAAUGUUUUGUUUACUGAGUCCUAUCUUUCACAAGCUUCAGCUCUGGUACACCAGCUACACUUGUAGAAUGCCCCAGCCCCAUUGCCAUAUGCUUACUGUAAUUUAUUGCAUGUACAAUAUAAGAGCUCGUCUUGUUCAUUUAUAUUUUAGAAAUGUAAACAACUAGUGCAAUUCUGCACUCCUUAUUUUGAUUUGCACUAUGACUCUACCGACUAUUGCUGCCCCUGGUUGGGUUGUGCUGUUUGUGAGCUCCAGAGUCUAACUCUUGCAGUGGUAAAUUGCUUAAACCUCAUCAACCCAGAACUGAAAUAGUUCAAGUACUGUAAAUGUAAAACAUUUUAUGAUAGGGAAGUCUAUUAGUAAUAUUUUUAAAAUCUGUAAUUUAAGUUUUAUAUUUUAAUGCACAGAUGUGAUUGUGAUUAAUGGAUAGUUGCACCUUUGGGUGUUAUAAAGCAUGAGGAGCAGCCAGUUACAGUAUCUGUAAUCUCCAAGGAGUUCAUUCAAAUCUCCAGGAGUUGCCUUAUUGCUGUAAAGGAAGUUUGAGUGGAAACAUGUCUUUUUCCUUUUUUUCUUUUUUUUUUUUUUUUUUAAGAUGGAAUGACAAAACAGAAUGUUUAAAAUCUAGUUUUAGUUGAGCUGCCUAUUUCUGUUAGAUUUUUUUUCUUUAAAAAUAUCCAUCAGUCUGUGGAAUUGCCUUUUAAAUUUAAACAAUUUUAAUAUAUUUGUGAAAAAAAAAAGUAUUGUAAUGUUUACUUUACAAGAUCUAAAAAGCAAAGUACUUUAAAUAAAGGCUGUCUCUUUAAAAGAAGCCCCACACAUCUAUCCCACUCAUUCUGUAUAUUAAAGUGCUCUUGAAAUUUCCUUCUCAGUAAUAUUGUCCAUAAGUGUUUGUAACGGUGAAGGCAGACUCUGCAUUUGUUGCCUUUGUAAAGCUUCUGGUUAACAUAAUCCUGUCUGUGAGAGAUGAUAAAAUGCUGAGGGAAGAUAUUGAAACAGUUGCAUAUUUUCUGACCAAACUAGGUUUCAGAGGAAAUGGUUUAAGCACUGUCCUGUCUUGGCAAAAGUGAAGAGUGGAGGUUCCAUGUUCAUUAAACAUAUCCAUGUGG